AAACCAUGUUCACAACAAAGCUGCUCACACUUGUCCUCGUUGUCGAGCCUCAAAGAAUUCUGUUGGGCAUGAAGAAACGUGGUUUUGGUGCUGGUCGCUGGAAUGGGUUUGGUGGCGAUGUACAGACUGGAGAGACCAUUGAGCAAGCCGCAAAAAGGGAACUCUGGGAAGAAAGCGGACUGACUGUUGACACACUACAGAAAAUCGGUGAGAUCAAAUUUGAAUUUGUGGGCACCACUGAGAUUUUGGAUGUCCAUAUAUUCCGAGCAGAUACCUUCGAAGGAGAACCAGCUGAAAGUGAAGAAAUGCGUCCCCAGUGGUUUCCCCUGGAGAAGAUCCCCUUUGACAGCAUGUGGCCAGAUGACAGCAUUUGGUUCCCCCUCUUCCUGCAGAAGAAGAAAUUUCAAGGAUACUUCAAGUUUGAGGGUCAUGACAAAAUCCUGAGCCACACUCUACAGGAAGUGGAAGAUAUAUGAAAAUAGGAAGAGCAAUACCUG